AUGGCGUUUAUCUGGAUGAUGUGCGUUUCUCUCAAUAUUCUAUUAUUGGCGUCUAACGGAGAAGCUCAAAUUGAUGCCGAUGCCGUCCCUACUUCAUACUUGUUCGUCACUGAGCGUGAAGCGGCUUCGACCCCAGUCUCUUGUUCCGACAUUCACGGUGAUUCUUUUGGACAUCCUGACAAACCCGGAGUAUGUUAUCUCUUCCUGACGGACACAAAGAGGUAUUUCUUGGAUGCAAGGACCGCAUGUCAGAGAUUGAACGACAGUCUUGGGUGGGAUGUUGCUGAUAUCGAGGACGACACGGAGAAUAAAAUCAUCCAAAACGCAAUCAACGUCAAUACUUCUACUGCGAAUGAGUUUUGGAUUGGUCAAAAUGACAUGGCAACGGAAGAUGUGUGGCGCUACCUGAACGCUAGCGCCGCCAAUCCGUGCGAUUCCCCCGUGUACCUGAACUGGCGCGAGGGUCAACCCAACGGCGAUAGGCGACAAAAUUGUGUGGUGUACUUUUAUGACGAUGGAGGGAAGUUUCAAGACAGGGAAUGUGACGACAAAUAUGACACCAUUUGCAAGGUUAAACUUACAUCAGACACCAUUCCAACAUGCAGCCCUGAGUUUAGGCCAGACACAUCUACAGCAGCACCAGACGAAUGUCAGGACAUCAACUACUUUGCAUUCGGCAACCCGGAGGUACCAGGAGUGUGUUACGUCUCUGAGAGCUAUAUGACCUUUACGUUCGACAGCGCUGUCAGUUUCUGUUCGAAUUAUGGGCCUACGUACGGUUCUUGGUCGAUAGCCGACAUUGAAAACGAGGCGGAGAAUACUUUCUUGGAGGUUUGGAACAGAGAUAAAUUUCCAGAUAACAAUGGGUAUUGGAUUGGGCAGAAUGACCGGCAACAGGAAGAUGUUUGGAGGUACACAGCAAGCACUGAGUGUCCGGUGUACCAUAACUGGGACAGCCAGCAACCUAACGGUGGAAGAGAGCAGAACUGUAUGGUCAUGCUAAAAAAGUCAUCAGGAAAGUUUCAGGACAAGGCAUGCAAUGGGAACUUCAACGCGCUGUGCAAAUUUAAAAGAGAUCCAGGCACGGCAGAUCCUACAUCCAACUGUAGCUCCGUCGACCCCCAAAUGGAAGAAUGCACAAAGCUGCAUAAUGACGCAUUCGGUAGUUCUGUCAAGCCGGGUAUCUGUUAUUUAAUGACGGGUAACAAGUUCACAUGGGAGAUGGCAGUAGCUGAUUGUAAGAGUAAAGGAUGGAAUCUCAUUGAUGUGGAGGAUCAGGCAGAAAACGACCUGAUUGCGGCUAGACAUCGAGAUUUCAGACCUUCACAACUGAACCACUGGUUAGGACAGAACGACCGAGCCGUGGAAUGGACAUGGCAGUAUCUGAAUGCGACACCUACCUGCUCGGGCGUUUUCCUUAAUUGGGACGAUGGUCAACCGAAUGGUGAAGCCACACAGAACUGUAUUAUGAUGGAUAAGAAUGGAGUAUGGCAAGAUAAAGAUUGCACCGACAACUACUAUGUUACAUGCAAAAUAAGAACAGUUGUUGAAGAACUUGCAACUACAGCACCGUGCACUACUCCUACGCCAGAUGAAUGUACAAUUCUUUGGGGAGAAAAUGCUUUCGGAAUAUCGUCCAAGCCUGGCACUUGUUACCGGAUGGCAUUGAGUACCGAGACAUGGGCGGACGGCGCGGCUUUCUGCCAGGACAGAGGCUGGAAUCUGCUGGAUGUUGAGGACGAAAGGGAGAAUGCUGAACUGACCGAAAAAUACAAAAAGCUGAGACCGUCCUAUACACAGUAUUGGAUAGGACAGAAUGAAAUAGAGUCGCCUGGGACUUGGCAGUACUUUGAUGCCACACCUGGCGAUUCAGGAGUGUAUGUCAACUGGGCAUUGGGACAACCUAACGGUGAUGGGACACAAAACUGCAUCAUGAUGGAUAUCACCCAAGAUGGCAUGUGGGAAGACAAGGCGUGCACGGAAAGCCACUACAUCACGUGCAAGAAAACACCAGCAACUACAACCAAGGCCACUACAACAAUUCAAAAAACAACUGCAGCGGCAACAACUGCAGCAUCCACAACCCUGCAGGCAACAACUGCAGCGGCAACAACCCUCCAGGAAACGACUGCAGCAGCCACAACCCUGCAGGUAACAACUACAGCAGCCACAACAAACCUGCUGGAAACAACUGCAUCAGCAACAACCCUUCAGGAAACGACUGCAGCGGCAACAACUGCAGCAGCCACAACCCUGCAGGCAACAACUGCAGCAGCAACUACCCUGCAGGCAACAUCUGCAGCAGCAGCCACUACCCUACAGGGACCGACUGCAGCAGCGACCACUCUGGAGGCAACAACAGAGGGCGCAACAACAAGAUCAACAACGGAAUCGGCUACUGUAGCUGCAACUACAUUGAAGCAAACAACACAGGGCGUUACAACAACAGAAACCACAGUUUGCAAUCUAGGUCCUAACACCCGAUCCGGAACAUUCACCUUCUUCUCCUCCGACGCGACUUGCAACUCUACCCCAAUAAACAUCGCAAACGCCAGGGACAGGAUGGACUGCGCACAGAUAUGCCUCAGGAAUGGAGCGUGUUUUGCGUUCUCCUUCAGUGCAUCUGGGAGUGGAGGUACUUGCGAGCUCUGUGGCAGUGUGUCGGAAUUAAAGGACUUAACGUUCAAAGCGGGUGGUUUGUUUUAUCAAGUCGGUCGUUGAUUAUGUGAGAAUUUUGAGACGCUGGCGGCAGCAGAUACAACGGUCCUUUUCUGCGGCUCUUAUAGGCCCUGUCCCAAUUAGCGGCUACAGCUACGGCUACGGCUAGUUUUCUGCGUCACCUUGCGUUGAGGUAUAGGACG